AUGUCAUAUUCGCAAAGUAGCAUGGGGUCGACCAAUGGCAUGGCUUUUUCGCAAUCGCAAAUGGGUUCGUUCAACACUUCUCAUUCCGUGGCAUCAACUCCAAGAGCAACACCACCGCCCCCGAAGGGAUCGCAACAGUCGACCAUGUCGUUUAGCUAUCCCAAUGGCCACGGUAUGCCUGCCAGUUCGAGGAGUAGUUAUGGUGGAUUCGAUGAACCGAAUGGCUUACCGUCAAUAUCAAACCUUCAUGAAGACUUUAAGCCGCAAAUAUACAGGGCUGUCUAUUCCAAUGUGCACGUUUAUGAAAUGGAAGUCAACGGAGUUGCGGUGAUGAAACGUCGUGACGAUUCAUGGUUGAACGCUACUCAGAUCCUUAAAGUCGCCGGCGUGGUCAAAGCUCGAAGGACAAAAACACUUGAGAAGGAGAUUGCGGCCGGUGAACAUGAAAAGGUCCAAGGUGGCUAUGGUAAAUACCAGGGUACUUGGGUGACCUUCCACAGGGGCGUGGAUCUUUGUCGGGAAUAUCACGUCGAAGAGUUAUUAAGACCGUUGCUCGAAUACGAUCCUGGCGCAAGUGGCACCGGUGGCUCCACGCACGAUAUUAUGGAUACUCCGACCAAGGAACAGGCGAUGGCUGCGCAGCGCAAGCGGCUAUACAGUGGCGUGGAUGGCAAUCGCAGCAUGUCUCAACCACAACAGGGCACCUUUUUUCAGAACAUCUCCCGCACCGCCGCUACAGCCGUCAAUGCCAUCAGCAAAGCCCGAUUCGAUUCCCCGACCGCCAGAGGAAAUGUCAACAGACGGCCGAGCGUCAUGCAAAAGUCAUUCAACAGCGAGCCUCAUAUGCCGUUCAACGCUCAGCAGAGCAUGUACAGCAUAGCGUCCGAUAAUAGCUUCAACAACCAUAUGCAGAAUGGCGGGCGAUUACCACCUGUUGAUAAUUCAGGCCUUCAUCACGAGGAAUCCGCAGAACCCCCUCGCAAACGAUUUAGAUCUACCUCCCAUCACGAGCAGUCGUUCGGGAUUCACCAGGAGCCCUCAAAUCUGUCGAUGCACGAGCCGACACCAACAGAACCAAAUGAAUCAUUUUACCAGGAAAUGGAUAUCCCAGCUUCCAUGGUGGAUGGCCACCCGCGUCCCUCUGAUCCUCUUCCUGCAGCUUCGACCCCUGAAAGGUUCCAAAAGACGAAACUCAUCAUGACCCUGUUCCUAGACAAGCGGACGAAGGAUUUCUCGAACCAUCCGGCCUUGGUCCAACUUUCCAACGAAGACCUGGAGAUUCCUCUUGACGAGUAUCAGAACAAUGCACUCCACUGGGCCGCGAUGCUUGCUCGCAUGCCCCUUGUCCACUCGCUCAUUCAGAAGGGCGUGAGCAUCUACCGUGUGAACGGUGCAGGGGAAACAGCCCUGCAAAAGUCUGUUGGGACAAGAAACAACUUGGAUUACCGGAGCUUCCCUCGCUUACUACAAGUACUUGCGCCAACGAUCGACAUGGUUGAUUACAGUGGGCGGACAAUCCUACAUCACAUUGCAGUGAUGGCGGCAACAGGAGGCGGAGGCCAUGUGUCGGCUAAGCACUACUUGGAGGCCCUACUCGAGUUUAUUGUUCGUCAUGGUGGUUCGACAGUCAAUGCGCAUGCCCCCAAUGGGACUGUCGAAAAUGGCCAAAAUGGUCCAAUCACGGGUGAAGUCAUAACACUCGGACGCUUCAUUUCUGAGAUUGUCAAUUUACGGGAUGACCAAGGAGAUACUGCACUCAACCUGGCUGGACGUGCACGCUCUGUUCUCGUACCCCAGCUCUUGGAAGUGGGAGCAGACCCUCACAUUCCGAACCACACCGGUCUCCGGCCUGCAGACUAUGGUGUUGGUGUUGAUAUGAUAGAGGGCAAUUCCCAGGCGAACAAGGGAGACUCUUUUACGGAUCAGCUUGCUAAGACCAAGAAGGAGAUCUUAGAUGCAACGUUGUCUCAAGUCACCACAAUGGUACAAGAGGCAUUAGGCGGUCUUGACCAUGAACUCGCUUCAAGUCUAACUCAGAAACAAGAAAAGUUCGAUCAUUGGCAUUCAAGGAUCCGUGAGACCGCAAAGGCUCGGCAAAUCGAGCAAAAGGGGCUCGAUGAUCUCAAACGCAAGGGUACUGAUCGUAUUGAGCUUGACCGGCGGAUCAGGAACCUCGAACGUUCAUUAGAAGACUUCUAUACAGUCCUCAAGGAUAAGCGCGGGGAAUCGCUUGACCUGUCAAAGAUGGCGGCCGUCGGAGAUGCGGAUAAAGAGUCGGGUGUUGGUAUCGAAGAAUUCGAGUCCAUCUUCCCUGAAUCGUUCGAUCCAACAGCUGGGUUAUCUGAAAAGCAAUCUGCAUAUCUCGCUUCCUUGCCUUCCCCCGAGGUCCUGCGGAAGCGGAUCGGUUGCUACCAGGGAGUGAAUGAUGAACUGUUGGCAGAGGUAGAACGUCUCAAGUCCAAGAAUGUGGUCUUGGGACAGAAUUACCGUCGAAUGGUCAUGGCCUGCACCGGGUGGUCAGCUGAGCAAGUCGAUGAAGCCGCUGAGGGAUUGACACAGUGCGUCAAGGAGCUGAACGACAAUCCGGUUCCGGAAGAUGAGGCAAUCGAGAUUUUGAUGCGAGACCGGGGGCAAGACUGGUGA